UUUGUCAAAAGAAACUGUUUGACACACUUGUUGUAUCCCACAAUUCCUAGCCACCUCCUCUGCUGUCAAAAUGGGGAAACGGCGGAAGCAAAGGAAAGCAGCAGUUGAUAGGGACGUUAUCAGCAGGCUGCCGGAUGAAAUCCUGUGCCACAUCCUCUCAUUCCUUCCAACCAGAACAUCCAUGGCUACCAGCGUGCUCUCUCGCAGGUGGCGCUACCUCUGGGAGAAAGUCCAAGUGUUGGACCUCAACGAUGAUUUCCUUUACACCCAUGACCGUUCAGAUGAGGAAGCAGAAGAGUGCUUUAUUAAUUUUCUCGAAAAGGUUGUGUCGGGUUUCAACCCUCUCAGUAAGGUCCGACUCUCUUGCCGGGCGGAUGACUAUGGGUAUAGAAGACUUUUUGAGUGGAUUGGUUCUGUCCGUGACAGAGUUAGGGAACUGUAUUUUUCUACGAGGACCGAUAGGAUGACUUACACCUUGCCUUUUGAGUAUAUCUAUAGCACUUCGCUCGUGUCGCUCGUUUUGGACGGUAAUAUUAAUAUUAUUUUUGACGAUGUGAAUCUGGAUGGUAAGAUGUUUUUGCCAUCCCUCAAGAAUCUAGAGCUGCAUAUCGACUAUCUGAACAUCGAUGUCUUUCUUUCUGGCUGCCCGGCUCUUGAAACUCUUCGGGUCACUUUAAUUAAGUUCACGACUCGUGAGGCUGAUUUCGAUCUUGAAGCAAUUCACAUGCCUCGUACCUUGAAGAGUUUAACCUUUGAGGAGCGAUAUCACUAUUCCGAAGUUGUGACACUUAAGCGUCUUCAGUUAGACACUACAUCUCUUGAAUAUCUACAUCUCGCAUUACGCUGUGAUUACAAACGGAUUUUGGUUUGUGAUUAUACCAACAUCAAGAAAGCGUGUCUAGACAUUUGGCCUAAGCCUAGGAAUGUUGCUUGGGUUCCUAAGCUCCUCGGGGCACUUUGCGAAACAAAAUUCUUGUGGCUGAAAGUUUCAACAAUCCAGUGCUUGCUUCCUGCACCAGUUCUAGACAUUCCCGAUUUUUGCAAUUUGAUUCAGCUGCAACUUGAUUUUGAAGAUUUCAAGGCUAAACUUCUAAUAGACUUGCUUCACCAUUGUCCUAAGCUUCAAGCUCUAAAAAUUUAUGUAUUGGGGUCCUAUGAUGGUGAAGAUAAUUUUUACUUCUAUUACUUAAAUCCCCAUAAACGCAAUGGUUGGAGACAGCCACGUAGCGUUCCUAAGUGUAUUGUAUCACACUUGAACACAGUUGAAUAUCGAGGAUAUCAGAACACUCCAGAGGAGCAUGAAUUUACUACAUAUAUUUUACAAAGAGGACUUGUUUUGAAGUCAAUGAGAAUUCAUGCUAAAUAUUAUUUCCCCCGCCACUUAAAAUGGGAAAUUUCCCAGGCAUUAUCUGAAAUACAAAUGGGUUCUAGUAUGUGCCGAGUUGAAAUAGACUAACUGAUCAGGUGUGUGGUAAGGACUUUGUUGCUCUAUGCUCUCGGCUCUCUGCUGAACUAUAUGCUUCUUUUGCAUCAAUGGUUACAUGAAUUAUCAGUAAUUUGUUUUUUCCAAUACAUGUCACAAAUUCUAAAUAGUUUGCUAUGAAUGUACGAUCUAAGGGAAUUGGCAAACAGACAGUUCCAUUCUUGGUGGUUGGAUUUGAUAAUGUUGAAGUAUGUAUGUAUUUCCUUUGCUCUUACAAUGUGCUUAAACUAUUGAUCUUACUUUUUGGAGAACUAGAUUGAUAGCAACCCUACACUUAAGACUACUAGCCGUUGCUACAUUGUAAAAAAUA